UCUCGCCGUAGUAUUGACACUAAUUCAACAUGGCGGCGGCCUGUCGAGCGAGACCUUUUUUUGUCGGUUUUUUUUUUUUUUUAACGCCAUUCGAUGUGUUUUCGGGCGCGGCUGAUCGUUUAAAGUAUUGUUUACUGGAAAGUGUGAAAUCGCGGCGGAAGGAAGGAGGUUUUUUUUUUUGUUUGUUUUCUCUCUCGAAAAAGCCCGACUUUUGAGUGCGCUCGAUUAGCGCGUUUCGGCUUGCGAUGGCGGCGGCGUGGGAGGAGCUGCUGCGGCCGGUGUCCCGCGAGCAGGCCAUCCUGGAGAGCUUCUUCACGCAGCUCGGCAUGUUCUCGUUCGACCGCGCCAAGGACUACGUGGAGAAGGAGAAGGAAAACAGCAGCCGCAGCUGCGGCGCCGUGUGGAGCGCGCUCAUGGCCGCCUUGGCUCACCUGGCCGCCGCCGAGAAGGCCUACCACAACAUGACCUUCCUGGGACACAAAAUGGGAGGUCAGUCGUUCUUCAGCCGCAAGGACUCCACGCGCAGCAUCUACACUUCGCUGCACAACGAACUGCGCAAGGCGGCGACGCUGUCGGGGCGCCACGGCCAGCCGGGCUCGGCGUCGCCGGCGUACCUGGAGGAGCUGCUGUGCCACCUGGCCGAGCAGCUGUGCCACUUCGCGCAGGCCCGGGUGGACAUGGCCGACCUCUACGAGAAGAUGCACGCGCUGGCCGCGCAGAAGAACGUCAACGGCGAGGCGCUGGUGGCGGCGCUGGACGCCGUGCUGCACAAGUACAGCUCCAAGUUCCACCACCCCAUCCUGAGCCGCCUGGAGGAGAGCUUCCAGACGGAGGUGGAAGUGGUGAGCCAGCUGCUGCGCUGCCAGGGCCAGGUGUCCGAGUGGCGCUUCCUGCCCGCCCUGCUCGGCCUGCACGGCGCCGCCGCCAAGCUGUCGGCGUGGGGGCAACUUUUCCAGCGACAGAAGGAGACCCGCAAGCAUCUUUUCGGAGGUCAGUCGCACAAAAGCAUUCAGCCGCCGCAUUUGUACACCUGGCUGCAACGCUUCCAGUCCGCCCUGCUGGCCAAGUUCAGCUUCUACUUCCACGAAGCGCUGAGCCGCCAGACCGGCCCGGCCGAAAUGCGGGCGCUGACGGCCCGCGCCGCGCCCGACUACCACGGCAAGAUCUGCUCGUUCAUCCGCAAGCACGACGGCGGCACCGUGUCGCUGGUCUUCGACACCCGCGGCUCCGAGAGCUUCCAGGGCCACGGCUACCGCCACCCGCACGCGUACCGCGAGGCCCCCAAGGGCGUGGAGCAGUUCCCCGCCGUGGUGUCGCUGCCGUCGGGCGAGCGCCCGCUCACGCACUGGCCCAACGUGGUGAUGAUGAUGAGCGACCGCGCCGCCGAGCUGGACGCCCCGGACAAGGUGGUGCACUUCUACGACGACAAGGUCCAGAGCACGUACUACCUGGCGCGGCCCGAGCCGCACUUCACGCUGGUGGUCAUCCUGGACGGCAAGAAGUCGGACAAGGACCUCGGCGUGGUGGCCUUCCUGCAGGAGAUGUGCGCGUCGCUGCGCAACUCCAAACCCUUCGGCGGCCUCAAGCCGGGCUCCAAGGGGUGAGCGGAGACGCGGCCGACUCGGAUUCAUUUGCUUUGGUAUUGCCGGGCUGUCAAGUCUCGCACGCGGGCCUCCCCCGAUUCGCUGAAGUUGCUGCGGUGCCAGGGAAAAGCAUUCGAAGUCAAUUGAGGAGCUUCUGCGGGUUCGUUCCCCGCAUUGGUGUCAUUUGAGCAGUAACGGUGUUGCUUUGGCGCCAUCUGAUGGUUGCGAAGGAAACCGUUUGAUGUGAGUUGAGGAGCUUCAUUGAGUCGGACGUCCUUUUCCUGCAGUCAUCUUCAGGUCACUCCAAAGACAUUUCAUGGCCGCUUAUAUUUUAUUGAGGAAUACCGGAUGUUUCUUUUAUGUCAUUAGUUCACUAUGAUGACAUUGAUCAAGGGAUAGCAAUCACUUAUUUUACAUUUAUCUCUUGCAUUUGUACUUUUAACAAUCUCACAUCAAAAUAAAUUCAAAUAUGGAAUCACGUA